GCGGCUAGUACAAUAGUGUGCUUGUCUGUUCACGUAGUCUCUAAAAGAUAACCGCCAUCACUGCACAGAAAACUAGACAAGAGACUUCUCGUGCGAAGACCAAUCUGCUUGUAUCGUUGCAGUCCUUUCGCCUAGCCCGCUAAGGGGCUUUAUCACCAUGUCGCUCGCAUUCGAUGAGUUCGGGCGGCCAUUCAUCAUUCUUAGGGAGCAAGAGAGGAAGUCACGAGUCAAGGGGAUAGAGGCCGUGAAGGCCAGCAUUAUGGCCGCCAAGACCGUGGCUCGCACGCUGCGUUCCAGUCUGGGUCCGAAGGGCAUGGACAAAAUGCUCCAAAGCCCGGACGGCGACGUGACCAUCACCAACGACGGCGCGACGAUCUUGGAAAUGAUGGAGGUGGAGAACCAGAUCGGCAAGCUGAUGGUGGAGUUGUCAAAGUCUCAGGACCACGAAAUCGGCGACGGCACUACUGGCGUGGUUGUGCUCGCCGGUGCGCUGCUGGAGCAUGCGGAGGCACUGCUGGAUAUGGGAAUGCACCCUCUGCGCAUCGCUGAGGGCUACGAGAUGGCCUGCAAGGUGGCCACAGAGAACCUGGACAACAUUAAGACGCGCUUUGACUUCAGCAAGGAGAACAUCGAGCCCCUGGUGAAGACGUGCAUGACGACCCUGUCCUCCAAAGUCGUGGGUCGGCUAAAGCGGCCCAUGGCGGAGAUCUGCGUCAAGGCGGUGCUGGCUGUGGCGGACCUGGAGCGGCGGGACGUGAACCUGGACCUCAUCAAGGUGGAGGGCAAGGUCGGCGGCAAGAUGGAGGACACGCGCCUGGUGGAGGGCAUUGUCAUCGACAAGGAGUUCAGCCACCCGCAGAUGCCCAAGGAGCUCAAGGACGUCAAGGUGGCCAUCCUCACCUGCCCCUUUGAGCCCCCCAAGCCCAAGACCAAGCACAAGGUGGACAUUGACACGGUGGAGAAGUUCGAGGCGCUGCGCGACGCGGAGAAGUCCUACUUCACGGACAUGGUGCAGCGCUGCAAGGACAGCGGCGCGGAGCUGGUCAUCUGCCAGUGGGGCUUUGACGACGAGGCCAACCACCUGCUCAUGCACAAGAACCUGCCGGCUGUGCGGUGGGUGGGCGGCGUGGAGAUCGAGCUGCUGGCCAUGGCCACCGGCGCGCGCAUUGUGCCCCGCUUCCAGGAGCUCAGCGCCGACAAGCUGGGCCACGCCGGCAGCGUCAAGGAGGUGGGCUUCGGCACCACCAAGGACAAGAUGCUGGUGAUCGAGGGCUGCCCUCACCUCAAGGCCGUGACCAUCUUCGUGCGCGGCGGCAACCGCAUGGUGCUGGACGAGAUCAAGCGCUCGCUGCACGACGCCAUCUGCGUGGCGCGCAACCUGGUGCGCGACAACGCCAUCGUGUACGGCGGCGGUGCGGCGGAGAUCAGCUGCGCGCUGGCGGUGGAGGAGGCGGCGGACAAGGUGACGGGCGUUGAGCACUACGCCAUGCGCACCUUCGCGGACGCGCUGCAGGCCGUGCCGCUAGCGCUGGCGGAGAACUCUGGGUUGCCGCCCAUUGAGAGCCUCACGGCCGUCAAGAAGCGGCAGCUGGAGGAGAAGAACCCCUACCUGGGCAUUGACUGCAACGACACCGGCACCAACGACAUGCGGGAGCAGAACGUGUUCGAGACGGUCAUGGGCAAGAAGCAGCAGCUGUUCCUGGCCACCCAGGUGUGCAAGAUGAUCCUCAAAAUCGAUGAUGUCAUCAAGCCCUCGGACUACGAGUAAAGGGCACAGCGCACAGCGCAGCACUGCUGCGAUUGCGGCGCCGGGGUUGUUGCAUGAGGCUAUACGUGCAUUUUGAGGGGCGUGUGCGGUGCGUUAUCCGGAGCAGAGGAGGUGGUUUGGGCAGAGGCGCAUCCGGGGUGCGUAGCCGCGGUGUACAGGGCGGAGGUCCCGUGACGGGCGCCCGCGUGUGUGCGUGCGAACGUGCUGGUGAUGUGGCCCCGCGCAAGCGGCAGGGGCACACAGCUACAGGCGAAUAGGUCUGAGCUACUGGAGACCUGGGCGGUUAGAUGAGGGCGAGUGAAGCUCUGCGGACUGCGGUGAAGGGAAGGCGAGCGGUGCUGCCACUGCAGACUGCUGGCUCGUGUUACAUCAAUCACAGGACCUUUUGGGGCAAAUGGAGCAGGGCGUGAUACAGACGAUCUGGGAGUUCAGCUUCUGGAGUCGCCCUGUAACCAUUCCAUACAGCCA